CUCCGCGCGGGCCUACACGCGAUGGAGCUGCACAUCCUAGAGCACCGGGUGCGGGUGCUGAGCCUCGCGCGUCCCGGCCUUUGGCUCUACACUCACCCGCUCAUCAAGCUGCUCUUCCUGCCCCGCCGCAGCCGGUGUAAGUUCUUCAGCAUAACGGAGACCCCCGAGGAUUACACGCUCAUGGUGGACGAGGAGGGCUUCAAAGAGCUGCCUGCCUCUGAAUUCCUGCAAGUGGCUGAGGCCACAUGGCUGGUGCUGAACGUGUCCUCUCACAGUGGCACGGCCACGGCGGUGCAGGCCGCUGGGGUCACGAAGAUCGCGCGUUCAGUCAUCACGCCGCUGGCCGAGCACCACGUGUCUGUGCUGAUGCUGUCUACCUACCAGACGGACUUCAUCCUGGUGCGAGAACAGGACCUGUCUGUGGUGAUCCACACACUGGCCCAGGAGUUCGACAUUUACCGUGAUGUGGGUGGGGAGCCUGUGCCUGUUGCCGGGGAUGAGUCUAGCAACGGCUUUCCCCGGGCGCAGCAUGGGGGAGGCCCAGCCCACGGCUGCCUGCUUACCAGUCGGCCCUGUCCCUCCGGAGCAGGGCCCAGCCCCAACGUGCAUCCGAUCCAGAGCCCCCAGAAUCGCUUCUGUGUCCUCACCCUGGACCCUGAGACGCUGCCAGCCAUUGCCACCACGCUCAUAGAUGUCCUCUUCUACUCACAUAGUGCUCCCAAGGAGGCUGCCUCAGAAGGCCCCGAGGCCAACUCCAUCCCGUUUUUUGCCUUCUCCCUCAUUGAGGGCUAUAUCUCCAUCGUCAUGGACGCCGAGAUGCAGAAAAAAUUCCCCAGCGACCUUUUACUGACCAGCUCCUCGGGGGAGCUGUGGAGGAUGGUGCGGAUUGGCGGACAGCCGCUGGGAUUCGACGAGUGUGGGAUCGUGGCCCAAAUUGCGGCGCCCCUGGCUGCGGCGGACAUCUCUGCCUAUUACAUCAGCACCUUCAACUUCGACCACGCUCUGGUGCCUGAGGAUGGGAUUGGCAGUGUCAUAGAGUUACUCCAGCGACGCCAGGAGGCCCCGGGCUCCUGAGCCCAGAGGGAGCGCGCUCUCCACUUGCCCCAGGCUUCUGGGCGUGUCAAUUGUCUCAGCGGUUUCCUCCAGCCCUGGGACUGUACCCCACUCCCACUCUGUAUGUAAGCUGCUUGUGGGCACCGGCUCGCAUGUGGACAUUACGUGUGCACCCGCACACUGGGCAGGUGCUGGCCUGACUGUAUCUGCCCACAUGGGGGAACAUGGUGCUGGGGGGCUCCACCCGGAAGCCCCCGCCCCAUCACUGCACGCCUCGGCGUUUGCACACUUCCUGCCUGAGGCUCGAGCCCACCCCCACCCCCCAGACCCCCACAGGUCACUGUGUCUUAGACAGAGGCCCUGAUCUGCGUUCUGCUGUUGGCCAGGUGGCUCUGCCCAGCCAGACAAGUUCUGACAGUGCCGCCCUCUGGGGCCUCUAAGAAAGGUAUUUUUGCAUCUCUUCCUUUCUCCUUUUAUACCGAUUUAUUAAUAAAAGACUUUGUAGAGA